GCCUUGCAGUUCACACGUGACGGUGUUGGGAGGAGGACGUCACACUACCGCCUCUCUCACCACAAGGCUCUAUACACCCAAUUGGAUACACAUGAAGCUUAAAAUUUGCCUAAACGUGUGAUAUUUACGGCGUCGUGUAGAGCUUGAGAAGUAGCAUGAAACAACAUACUUCACAGUGAACGGUUAAAUCACCACAAAUCUACAGCGUUUGAUAGAAUUUCGACCCUGUGUGGUUGGUGGCGUUUCGGCGUGUAUUGAAUUUCACUGUGACCUGCGUUGAAGGUUAGUGCACUUGAGGUGUUGAAAUUAAUUUGGAAACAGUGAAAACGUGGCGGUGGUGUGUGUCUCUCUUUCUCCCCACCAAGAGCUCAUGAAAGAGUACCCUCGAUGUGCGACACUUACUCAGGAUCACAGUACACAGCUCACGACAGCACCUUACCUCUCUGGAGUUAACGUUAAGUUUGUGUGUUAAUCACUUAAGUGUUUGAGGAGGAGGAGGUCAGAAUAUAAAGAAAAGUUCCUUCGCCGAUGUGUUUUGAAAUGACAGCCAAAGAUGCUCCGGGAGCGUGAAACCUACAGCUCCACGGGGAAAUUGUGUGUUAUAGCUGUGAAGGUUCUCCUACAGCAGUAAAGGUGGAGCCCAGUGGACCCGCUGAGGAGAACUUGAAAAAGAUUAUCAGAAAAGCCUUGCUGGGCACACGUUUACCUGCCAGCACACCCUGUAGGAAAUUUGAGUGCGCCCGCGGGUGUGUAUUUGAGUGCAUGAGUGCUUCACCCAUCGUAGAGGAAAUAGAUAUUAGUGGUUCAGGUGUCUACAUCUCCUCCAAGAUCGUGGAGUCCAGCUUGAGAAAGUUGUUGGGGCGCGCGUCUGGCCGCACUCCGCCCUCGCGCGACCUGGCUACCAACACGGCCGACACACGCAAGGUGUGUAGAGUGUGGGGCGGGUCGGGGUCGGGGUUGUGUUGGGCCUCGUCAGCCGCCACGGUGGAGUCACGCGGCGGGAACUCCGGCGGCGUGUCGGGGGCCCUGCCGCCACAGCAGCCCCUCUCCAACAACCCCCCCCCCCCCCCCCGCCACAACACCCCCCGCCACAACCGCCACAACAACCCCACCAGCAGCAGCAGCCACAGCCUCACCAACAACAACAACCUCAACCAGCGCAGCCGCAACCAGCCAUUGCAGCUGCCGCACUCCCAGCUGCUGCGAACAACGGGCAGCCGCAGCACGGCCAGGCACAGCCACAGCCAGCACCUAACGCUGCCAACGCCCACCCACCUCAUCUUCCACAGCAACAACAACAGCAGCAACAACAGCAGCAUCAACAGCAGCAGCAGGCGGCAGCGGCAGUAGCGGUUGUAGCGGCAGCGGCAGGAGCUGCACAGCCUCACCAAGGACCUCCACCUCUUGCUGCAGCAGCGGCACACGUCGCAGCACCUGCAGCACCUCACGCCGCUGCACAGCAGCACCCAGCCGUGCCUCACCAGGCUCACACCCCCCCUGCCCACCACCCAGCACUGGUGGGUCACGCUCACUCAGUACACGGAGGAGGCGGAGGAGGUGGUGGUCACGUGUCGUCAGGAGGCGUCAGCAUGUCCGUAUCUCGGGUACCGUCGCCCCUGCCACCGGAGAAUAAUAUGCCAGUCGCCGAGAACUGGUGCUAUACUCAGGUGAAAGUGAUUAAGUUCAGUUAUAUGUGGACCAUUAAUAACUUUAGCUUCUGUCGAGAGGAGAUGGGUGAAGUACUCAAGUCCUCGACCUUCUCUGCGGGUGCCAACGACAAGCUAAAAUGGUGUUUACGUGUCAACCCCAAGGGCCUCGAUGAAGAGAGCAAGGACUACCUCUCCCUGUAUCUACUGCUGGUCUCUUCCAACAAGUCAGAAGUUCGGGCUAAGUUUAAGUUCUCCAUCCUCAAUGCCAAGAGAGAGGAAACGAAAGCCAUGGAGAGCCAACGAGCAUAUAGGUUUGUCCAAGGAAAAGACUGGGGCUUCAAGAAGUUCAUCAGAAGAGAUUUCCUCCUGGACGAAGCCAAUGGGUUGUUACCGGACGAUAAACUGACCUUGUACUGUGAGGUCUCGGUGGUUGCAGACAGCGUUAACAUCUCCGGGCAGAGCAACGCCAUCCACUUCAAGGUCCCAGACUGCCGCCUCUCCGACGAUCUUGGUAGCCUCUUCGAGUCUCAGCGGUUUUCAGACGUGACGCUUUCAGUAUCUGGCAGGGAGUUUCAGGCACACAAAGCUAUUCUUGCAGCACGGUCUCCAGUUUUUGCUGCAAUGUUCGCACACGAGAUGGAGGAACGGAAACACAAUCGCGUGGAGAUACAAGAUGUCGACCACGAAGUCUUACGGGAGAUGUUACGGUUCAUAUACACGGGAAAAGCGACUAAUUUAGAAAAAAUGGCGGACGAUCUUUUAGCUGCAGCAGAUAAAUAUGCAUUGGAGCGACUGAAAGUAAUGUGCGAAGAAGCCUUGUGUACAAACCUCAGCACGGAGAAUGCAGCAGACGUUCUCAUACUCGCCGACCUCCAUUCUGCAGAUCAACUCAAAGCGCAAGCCAUCGAGUUUAUCAAUACACAUGCCACAGAUGUUAUGGAAACUCAAGGAUGGAAAUCUAUGAUACAGUCACAUCCACAUCUUAUUGCUGAAGCUUUUAGGGCAUUGGCCACCCAGCAAAUACCACCCAUAGGGCCUCCACGCAAGAGGAUAAAAGCCAGUCCUUGAGUCUGGCCGGUCAACCUCCCAGACUCCCAAGAGCAGGCUUGGCCAUCACCCCCGGAACCCCUGGCCUCCUCACCCGGCCACACUCGCACACUUGGUCUGAAAUUUUUUUACUGUAGAUCAGCAUUUGGAAGCAGUUUACUGCUGUAGCGAGUGAGCAGUGUGUAGGGUCGUGUGUUCCAGGCCACGAGAAGACAGUGUGUGACGGUAGGGCCUGGCAGGGGGGACCAGGCCUCUCACCCCACCAGUCAACAGAGUACAAUCAGGGGACGACGAGUCCCUGCCCACUCAGGUCGGUAGGGCUGCAGUCCCUUCCUCUACUGCGCCCAGCUCCUUCUGCCCCGCGAAAAGUCCACCAAAUGAUCUCAAUGGGGCCUGACCUGCACACACGACCCCUUUAAAGCCACAGACGGUCUCCAGUGUGCAGGUACCAGACUCGGCAGUGCAUGUGUGUCUUUGUGUAGAUAUAUCUGUGAUGUAGCAAGUGACGGCCCAGAACAUUGGACUCGCGCUCAAGAGUCCCGGACCUUCCACUCAUUACUUUGCUAAUUAUUGUUGUUGUUGUUAUGUGUGGCACUCUCUCGUCUUUCAAGCUAGCAAGCCAGGCUAAUAUUUGGAAAAAAUAAUACAGGCCCUUCAGGGAGGAAGAAAAAACAAAAACUUAAAAAAAAAUUCAAUAAAAACAGGAGCCUCGUGUUUUAGUGACACCAAAGUAGCACCUGUGAGGGUGUAGUGAUGUGUGCAUUACUCCUUCUGGGUCACUGUGCUGUUGGCUAGUUGAAGCAUCCUACUCCGCUCUUAUGGAUGAUUUUAAUUCCUUAAUAUUUUUUAUCGUAUUUAACAGGAGGAACAAUAUGGAUAACUUGAAAGCAUCUUUUUCUAUGAAAAAUCAUCUGCAAUGUACAACUUUAAAUUAGAAUGAGCUUUCGUAGGUAGAUGCAGUAGACAAAAUGUACUCUUGAUUCUGAGAAAUUGUUAAGAGAAAGACAAGUACAUAGUGUACAGUUACUGUAAAGGAUACUGUCUGAUUCCACCGAUUUCAGCUCAGGCUGAUUUAUAUUUACAAUAUAUUGAAAUACAUCAUUAAGCUUCACAGGGUAUUCUCAGUCAUUAACAUGGAGCCUGUUCAAGAAGGUUAUGACAUACACCGUUCCAGGAAGUUCAGACGACUUAUUAGAAAGUGAAAUUCUCUAUGAGUGUUUAUACAUUGUGAUUGAAAAGGGAAUCUAAAGUGGAAAAGUACCAGUGAAAAUUUAAAGAUCAUUUGUAGGAAGAUUUUGUAAUUUCAUGUUUUGUUGUGAGUCAUGAGGAUGUGUGAGCUCCUAUGUUAAUAAUCUGUGAAGAGCAGGCAGUGAACAAUAUGUGCCAUGCUGUACCUUAUGAGAACAACCCACCCAGACCAGCUACAGCCUAAAACAAUGUCUGUCACUUCACAUAUUUUCUGUUUUUCGAAAGUACCUGCGUAAUUCAAUGCAUAAACUAAUACUUGGAACUUUAAACGCGAAAGUCAACUUUGAUUAAGUAAGCCACUAUACAGUAUAUAUAUUUACUGUAUACCAAUCUUAGUCACUCCGAGUUAAGAAUCCCGUUUGAUUCGUCUGCCACCCUGUCAUGUUACCCACCCACCCACAUCAUCAUCAUACAUCAACACAUUCAUAUCUUUAAACUUUAGUCAGGUGUACCUCUUACCACCAGGAGUCCAGAGCCUAGAUUCAGAGUCUUGUACACUGAAUUGUCGUCCUAACCAGAGAUGAAAGAAUGUACCUAACUAGCCAACUUGAUUAACCCAAUUGGAGGAAAAAAAAAACUACCAAAAU